AUGGACACGAGGACGGCGACGGCCGAACUGGGCUGGACUGCCAACCCUCCUUCAGGGUGGGAAGAGGUGAGUGGCUACGACGAGAACCUGAACACCAUCCGCACCUACCAGGUGUGCAACGUCUUCGAGCCCAACCAGAACAACUGGCUGCUGACCACCUUCAUCGGGCGGCGCGGCGCUCACCGUGUCUAUGCCGAGCUGCGCUUCACCGUGCGCGACUGCAGCAGCCUGCCCAACGUGCCCGGCUCCUGCAAGGAGACCUUCAACCUCUACUACUACGAGACCGACGCCGUCAUUGCCACCAAGCAGGCUGCCUUCUGGACGGAGGCUCCCUACCUGAAGGUGGACACCAUUGCUGCUGACGAGAGCUUCUCCCAGGUGGACUUCGGGGGCAGGCUGAUGAAGGUGAACACGGAAGUGAGGAGCUUCGGGCCCCUGACCCGCAGCGGCUUCUACCUGGCCUUCCAGGACUAUGGCGCCUGCAUGUCGCUGCUCUCCGUCAGGGUCUUCUUCAAGAAGUGCCCCAGCGUGGUGCAGAACUUUGCCAUCUUCCCGGAGACUAUGACGGGGGCGGAGAGCACCUCUCUGGUGACCGCCCGCGGCACCUGCAUCGCCCAUGCCGAGGAGGUGGACGUGCCCAUCAAGCUCUACUGCAACGGGGAUGGGGAGUGGAUGGUGCCCAUCGGCCGCUGCACCUGCAAGCCUGGCUACGAGCCUGAGAACAACCUGGCCUGCAGAGCCUGCCCCGUGGGGACGUUCAAGGCCAGGCAGGGCACAGGGCUGUGUGCCUCCUGCCCCCCCAACAGCCGCUCCGCCGCCGAGGCUGCGCCACUCUGCAGCUGCCGCAAUGGCUUCUACCGGGCAGACCUGGACCCCCCGGCAGCUGCCUGCACCAGCGUCCCCUCGGGCCCCCGGAACGUGAUCUCGCUGGUGAACGAGACGUCCAUCAUCCUGGAGUGGCACCCGCCGCGGGACACGGGCGGCCGCGACGACCUGCGCUACAACAUCGUCUGCAGGAAGUGCGGCGCCGACGGCCGCGCCUGUGCCCGCUGCGACGACAACGUCGCCUUUGUGCCGCGCCAGCUGGGGCUCACCGGCACCCGCGUCCUCAUCAGUAGCCUCUGGGCACACACCCCCUACACCUUCGAGAUCCAGGCUGUCAACGGCGUCUCCAGCAAGAGCCCCUUCCCCCCGCAGCACGUCUCCGUCAACAUCACCACCAACCAAGCUGCCCCCUCCACUGUGCCCAUCAUGCACCAGGUGAGUGCCACCAUGAGGAGCAUCACCCUGUCCUGGCCCCAGCCCGAGCAGCCCAAUGGCAUCAUCCUGGACUAUGAGCUGCGCUACUACGAGAAGCUGAGUCGCAAUGAGUACAACUCGUCCCUGGCACGCAGCCAGACCAACACGGCGCGGCUGGAGGGGCUGCGGCCUGGCAUGGUGUACGUGGUGCAGGUGCGGGCACGGACCGUGGCUGGCUAUGGCAAGUACAGCGGCAAGAUGUGCUUCCAGACCCUCACCGACGAUGACUACAAGUCAGAGCUGAGAGAGCAGCUGCCUUUGAUUGCAGGGUCUGCAGCAGCUGGGGUGGUCUUCAUUGUCUCACUGGUGGCCAUCUCCAUCGUCUGCAGCAGGAAGCGUGCCUACAGCAAGGAGGCUGUGUACAGUGACAAGCUGCAGCACUACAGCACUGGCAGAGGCAUGAAGAUCUACAUCGACCCCUUCACCUAUGAGGACCCCAACGAGGCGGUGCGGGAGUUCGCCAAGGAGAUUGAUGUCUCCUUUGUGAAGAUCGAGGAGGUCAUUGGAGCAGGGGAGUUCGGGGAGGUGUACAAGGGGCGCCUGCGGCUGCCUGGCAAGCGGGAGCUGGCAGUGGCCAUCAAGACGCUGAAGGCUGGGUACUCGGAGCGGCAGCGGCGCGACUUCCUGAGCGAGGCCAGCAUCAUGGGGCAGUUCGACCACCCCAACAUCAUCCGCCUGGAGGGCGUGGUCACCAAGAGCCGCCCGGUCAUGAUCGUCACCGAGUUCAUGGAGAACGGCGCCCUCGACUCCUUCCUGCGGCAAAACGAUGGUCAGUUCACGGUAAUCCAGCUGGUUGGCAUGCUGCGGGGCAUCGCGGCGGGCAUGAAGUACCUGGCAGAGAUGAACUACGUGCACCGGGACCUGGCUGCCAGGAACAUCCUGGUGAACAGCAACCUGGUCUGCAAGGUGUCCGACUUCGGCCUCUCGCGCUACCUGCAGGACGACACUUCCGACCCCACCUACACCAGCUCCCUGGGGGGGAAGAUCCCAGUCCGGUGGACAGCGCCAGAGGCCAUCGCCUACCGCAAAUUCACCUCGGCCAGCGACGUCUGGAGCUAUGGCAUCGUCAUGUGGGAGGUGAUGUCGUUUGGGGAGAGACCCUACUGGGACAUGUCCAACCAGGAUGUGAUCAACGCCAUCGAGCAGGACUACCGCCUGCCGCCGCCCAUGGAGUGCCCUGCGGCGCUGCACCAGCUGAUGCUGGACUGCUGGCAGAAGGAGCGCAACGCGCGGCCGCGCUUCGGGGACAUCGUCAGCACCCUGGACAAGAUGAUUCGCAACCCGGCCAGCCUCAAGGCCCUGGCUGCCGUCACCGCUGUGCCUUCUCAGCCCCUCCUCGACCGCUCCAUCCCCGACUUCACUGCCUUUACCUCAGUAGACGACUGGCUGAGUGCUGUGAAGAUGAGCCAGUACCGGGACAGCUUCCUGGCCGCUGGCUUCACCUCCCUGCAGCUCGUCGCCCAGAUCACCUCUGAAGACCUCCUGCGGAUAGGAGUGACUUUGGCUGGGCACCAGAAGAAGCUGCUGAACAGCGUGCAGUCCAUGCGGAGCAGAUAUUUAAACACAAACCCAGAGAGAACAGUGAAGACAAAGCAGUGUGCGGGGGGGGACAGACCCCAGCCCUGCAGAGCAGACUCUGAUCCCACUGCCCACGAGCAGCGCUCAGAGCUGAGGAGGAGGAAGGGGCAGGCAGGAGAUGGAGCGUCCUUGUCUGGAGGAACCACCUUCCUCCUCUUCUUCAGCCAUCCUUCCCUGCUCACCUUGCUCGUGGACCAGGUGGAAGUGUCCUCAGAGGUCUCCACGGCUCCCAGCUGCCGCUCCAGCGACCACGGAAGGACUUCUGUGAGCAGUGCCUGGGGGAUGCGACUGGACCCAGUUAAUGUCUUCAUAUUGAAGCAGAGAUGUACCUUCCCCAGAGAGCCUUGGCCUCCCUGGAGAGCCUUGGCUGCUGCCUCUUCUCUUUUGCUUGCAUUUUUUUUGCAAAAAGGAAACAAAAGGAUUACAAAAUGAACCCCAAGCCCCUCCCCCUUGGAAGGCCACCCUGGCCGUGGAGGUGUCCCCUCUGUGUGUGCACUCCCCGAGCCUCCCUACCCUCUCCCCCUACCGUGGGCUCCCUCCUUGUCCCUGACUCUGAUCACCCAGAGCCAAGGUGGUUGCUGCAGCCCCCAGGAGCAGCAGGGAGCUGCCCCAGCCAGCACUGAGCACCCUGCACGUGGGGAGGAGGACACUGAGGGCCGUCGAGGGGAGCAGAGGGCCCAGAGGAGCUGCCCCGUGGCUGGGACUGGGCUGCUGGCUGUUGGAGAAGGAGGGGUGGCUGCUCUGGGAACAGACUGCUAAGGCCCCCAGACCCUGGGAGGUGCCUGGA